AAGUAGGACGUUGAACUCGAGAUUGCAUUUAUCAGAAGAGUCUGAAUAUGGCGGCAAUCGAGUUUCAUCAUCCGUAUGAGCCGUAUGACAUUCAGAAGCAAUUCAUGACCGCACUAUAUGCUUGCAUAGAGGAAGGAAAAGUUGGCAUUUUCGAGUCUCCGACAGGUAAGGGCAAGUCUCUCAGUCUUAUCUGUGGAUCUCUUACAUGGCUGAGGGGUGAAAAGAAGAAGACAUUCGAGACCGGGGUAUCGUCUGUCGAGUUCGAUGAAGAUGAGCCAGAAUGGGUAAGGGAGCACGCACAGAAGCAAAGACGGACCGAGGCAACCCAACGGCACAAGGAGCUCGAAGAAAAGCUUUCGAGAAUUCGCGAGAAGGAAAGAUCUAUUCGUGAGCAGUAUGAGAAUGCUGAGCCUUAUACCAAACGUCGAAAACUUGACCAGGGGGCAAGUGAUACAUUGGGUGAGGACCAAUUUCUCUUACAGGACUACGAUAGCGACGAAGACUCCUGGCAAAAACCUAGAGCUGCUGCUACGAAUGGAAUCAGUGCUGAGAAUGCCGCUUUAAUGUCAGCCCUAGGCCUAAACUCUGGCAUUGAAGACGCAGCUGAAAUCGAGGACGAAAUGAAGAUUUUUUUCUGUUCCAGAACCCAUUCCCAACUUACUCAAUUUGCAAAAGAGCUAAGUCGCGUUAGUAUGCCGCCUGCAAUUGCUGUCGCAAAGAACGUAGACGACCCAGCCGAGGAUGUAUGCGAGAGCUUCAAACACAUCACACUCGGAUCAAGGAAAAAUUUAUGUAUCAACCCAAAAGUAAAUAAGCUUGGGAAUGCUACUGCGAUCAACGAACGAUGCAUGGAAUUACAGCAGCCGAGCACAGCAGCCACAAGUAAAUGUCCUUUCGUCCCAACGAAGGAAACUGAGGCCGUUGUACAAAACUUUCGCGACCAUGCUCUUGCCACCAUCAGAGACAUUGAAGAUCUUGGAAAUAUGGGAAGGAAAUUUGGUAUCUGUCCAUACUACGCGUCAAGAUCUGCUGUGAAGCCCAGCGAGAUUGUGACAUUGCCUUACCCUCUCCUGUUACAGCGCUCCGCGCGCGAAGCCCUUGAUCUGUCGCUCAAAGGUCACGUUGUAAUCAUAGAUGAAGCCCAUAAUCUCAUCGACAGCAUCACUGGCAUUCACAGUGCAUCAGUCUCGUUGUCUCAACUCGCCAAAGCACGAGAACAACUCAUGGUUUAUCUACAGAAGUUCAAGAAUCGACUGAAGGGCAAGAAUCGUACAUAUGUUGCGCAAACAGUCAGGCUGCUUGAUUCGCUCAUAGCGUGUCUGAAGAAAUUAGUGGAAACUCCUGGUUCUCAUGAAGGAACUGUGGAUGUCCAGACCAUGAUGACUGGGAAAGGCGCUGAUCAGAUCAAUAUUUACAAGCUGGACAAAUACCUGCAAGAAAGCAAGCUCGCCAGGAAAGUAGAUGGUUAUAUUGCCCAUGAAGAUACUACAGCAAGACCCAUGAAAGGUCCAUCGAAACCAGCUGCCGCACAGAGUGCGAAAACGACCCCUGUUCUCAUGCAAGUCCAGAGCUUUCUGCUUACCUUGGUGAACCCAUCGUCAGAAGGGCAAUUCUUCUAUUCCAAGGAACAAGACGGCGAGGCGCAGCUCAAGUACCUCCUACUUGAUCCGACCCAUCACUUUAAGGAAGUCGUAGAAGAGGCUAGAUCGGUUAUCCUAGUCGGUGGAACGAUGUCCCCUAUGAGUGAUUUUACCCAGCACUUAUUCUCAUAUGUUCCUCCCUCUCGGAUCACGACACUCUCCUGUGGACAUGUCAUUCCUGCCUCGAACCUGCUUGCACUGCCCAUAGUUCAGGGAUCCUCUGGCGCUUCGUUCGAUUUCACGUAUGAGAAGCGAAACUCAAGUGGCAUGAUUCAAGACCUAGGUCUCACAAUAAAGUCACUCAUUGAACAUAUACCAGACGGUGUAGUAGUCUUCUUCCCAAGCUACACUUAUCUCGACAGCUGCGUAACCCAAUGGAAAAAGUCUUCCUCACUCGGUUCAAAAUCAAUAUGGGACGCUCUGCAAAGCACGAAACCAAUCUAUCUCGAAUCCCGCAGCCAACACGCAACAGUACUACCUCCAAGCUCUCCGAAAUCCAAGACCUCCAAGGCCGCCUCUGCCACAACAGAAACCGUCCUUGCAGCCUACACCUCCAAAAUAUUCUCCUCGGCCUCCUCCCGUGGCGCGCUUCUCCUUGCCGUCAUCGGCGGCUCCCUCAGCGAAGGCAUAAACUUCUCCGACCGAUUGGGCCGCGGCGUACUCGUUGUCGGACUACCCUUUCCUAAUUCCCAGACCGCAGAGUGGAAAGCCAAGCUGGAAUAUGUGUCGAAGACUGCAUCUUCCCGUGGGCAAAGUGGGAAGGAUGCUGCGCGAGAGUACUAUGAGAAUGCAUGUAUGCGGGCAGUGAACCAGAGCGUUGGGAGAGCGAUUAGACAUAAAGGCGAUUACGCGGCUAUCAUGAUGCUGGAUCGCAGGUACGGGACGAAGCGAAUCCAGGAGAAACUGCCCGGGUGGAUUCGAGGUGGGAUCAAGAGCGAGAUGAGGGUUGGGGAGGUCUGUGGGGUGUUGGCAAAGUUCUUCGAAGAGAAGGAGUGUGGGCGUGUGAAUUAACGUGGCUAUCUUG